UCUCAAAACGUCCUCAACGGGCAAAUGCGCCUGGGCUUGCCGGGGGAAGUGUUCGCCCGGUCGGAUCAGUACCGCCAGGUCUCCAGCCCCAGGACUGACCCGUACUCGGCGGCUCAGCUGCACAACCAGUACGGCCCCAUGAAUAUGAAUAUGGGCAUGAACAUGGCAGCCCACCACCAUCACCACCCAGGUGCCUUUUUCCGCUACAUGCGGCAGCAGUGCAUCAAGCAAGAGCUCAUCUGCAAGUGGAUCGACCCCGAGCAGCUGAACAACCCCAAAAAAAGUUGCAAUAAAACUUUCAGCACCAUGCACGAGUUGGUCACCCACGUCUCGGUGGAGCACGUUGGGGGACCCGAGCAGAGCAACCACGUCUGCUACUGGGAGGAGUGUCCCCGGGAAGGCAAACCCUUCAAAGCCAAAUACAAACUGGUCAAUCAUAUCCGAGUGCAUACGGGAGAGAAACCCUUCCCCUGCCCCUUCCCCGGCUGCGGAAAAGUUUUCGCCAGAUCAGAAAACCUCAAAAUUCACAAAAGGACGCAUACAG